AUGUCCGCCGCCGCGCUGAGCCUAUCCCGAGCCGCCACCUGUCCUGCACCGCUCCCUCCGCUGCCAGCCCGCCCGGGGGCCGGGGCAGGCCCGCCCGAGCCCAUCGGGGCCUGGGGCAGCCCGCGCGCGUCGCCCGCUCGCCUCCGCCGCCAGCGCUCUGCGCCGCCUCGCCGGAAUCGCGUCGUCCGCCGGGACCCUGCUCCGCCGCCGACCGGACGCCGCCCUUCGCUCGCCGCCUCGCCUCCCGCGCCUCCGCCGGACCCGCGCCCGGCCGACCGGACGCCGCCCUUCGCUCGCCGCCUCGCCUCCCGCGCCCCGCCGCCAUGCGCCUCCCGCGCCGCCCUGCUCUGCCACCCGCGGCUGCUGUACCUCGCCGCCGGCCAGAUCGACCCCGCCGCCUCGACCUCCUCCCCGCGCUGCUACACUGGGAGCUCGCCGGCCGUCUCCGGUCGCCGCUCCGGCCAGAUCCGGGCAGGAGCGCCCGGAUCCGCCCCGUCUCGGCCUCGCGUGGCCGCCGUUCGUGCCGCCGCCGGAGGCCGCGUCUCGCCGCCGCCGUUGACCCGGACCCGGGACGGCCCCGUCCCAGGAUCACGCCGUCCCCCGAUCCAAACAGCCACUGAACCGCGCCGUCCACGCUCCUCCUCGUCCCAGUACGGCUCCAUCCAGUUUUCUGUGAGGUGA